AAGAAAACAAUCCAUCUCUGACACAAAAUAUAAAAGAGAAGAAGAACAAACACUCUUCACCUUCACCUUCACCUUCCACUGUCAAAAGCUGCAAAAUCUCCGACAUCUUCUUCCUUAUCUCCGCCGUGAUGUCCACCGCCGACCGCCGUAGCAGACUGCACUAACUUUCAGAAUAACACGUCAUUCUGUCAGAGGCUGACUGGGCCGACGGGUACCCUCAGGGUGAGACACUGCCAGAGAAUACUCAGAAACAUCACCACCCUCCUCUCUUCCACCGGUACUUCCGCGAUUAUGAUGGAGUGGGAAAAACCUGAGCAGCAAAAUCCUUACCACCAUCACCACCACAACCCUCCUCUUUGUGACGAUCAUCUUCAUCACCUCACCGGUACUACCGCCGCCGGCGCUCUCUACGUCAAAGUCAUGACCGACGACCAAUUGGAGACUCUUCGAAAACAAAUUGCUGUUUACGCCACCAUUUGCGAGCAGCUUGUUGAGAUGCACAAGACCCUUACUGCUCACCAGGAUCUCACAGGAAUGAGGUUGGGUAACAUGUACUGUGAGCCAUUGAUGACAUCUUCCAGCCACAAAAUCACUUCUAGACAGAGGUGGACUCCCACACCUGUGCAGCUUCAGAUCUUAGAGCGUAUAUUCGACCAAGGGAAUGGAACUCCCAGCAAGCAAAAGAUCAAAGAGAUAACCUCUGAACUGGGGCAGCAUGGCCAAAUUUCUGAAUCUAAUGUCUAUAACUGGUUCCAAAACAGGCGUGCUCGAUCAAAGAGAAAGCAGCAAAGUGCCGCACCUGCCUAUGGCGAAUCAGAAGUGGAGACAGAAGUCGAAUCACCAAAAGAUAAGAAGACGAAACCUGUGGAUUUUCAAACUAAUCAAUCCUCUGCACCUUUGGGGGACGACAUGUGCUUUCAGAGUCCGGAGAUGAGUUCUGAACUGCAUUUCCUGGAUCCAAACACCAACAAAGCUGAUACUUUGUUCCCUUCAAAUGGAAGUUUAAAAACGGCAAGAAGCUUCAGCCAGAUGUCUUUUUAUGAGGCUGGGAAUGAGCAGCUGACAGGAAAGAUUGAAACGCCAGAGAACUAUAGUAUCUACCAGCAAGCAGAAGGCUACAACAUGACGGGACGACCAUGAAUUCUUACACGAUUAACACAAGGUGUAGUGUUAUUUCUGGCUCUCAUGUGAAUGCACUUGGUCUAAUAUUGAAGGAGACAGUGAUGACGAUGACGAAUGAUGCUGACUUGUGUGCUCGUAUCUUGUCGUGGAUUGUCGGAGUAUUCAGUUUUGAGUGAUGUAUUUUGGUUGGAUUGUGUUUGGAGAUGAGCAUUGGGAGUUUUGAUUGGUUGAUUGAGAAAUUCAAAGAGUCUUGUGAGUUAGUUAAACGUGACCCCUUAAUUAGGAGAGAAUGUAUGGUAUCCAUUUGUACAAGAAAAGUGUUUGUAUUAAAAAGAUGAUUUCUUAAAUGAUCCUAAUUGAUUGUAGAAUGGUCA